AUGAAAUAUGUAAGUAAUUAUAUUCUGUUAUACACAAUUGGAGGUAAAUGUCUCAACAAUAGUCGUUGUGAAAUGUUUGACGAGGAAAGCGACGAAGAAGUUUGGAUAACGCAAAGUUGUUACUCCAAAACUCAUUGUGCUAUUAAUAUUGACGACUUCGUGACAUUUGAAGACAAAAAUCACUCUAUCACGGCUGCUGAAUUGCAGAAAGAUAAUGAUUGUCGAGCUGUGACACGCGUUAGUGAUUUUAAUUUGGCUGAGAGAAAUAAAGAUAGAAUUCCGAAGGCUACUAUAAGAAGCCGCACGGAUUGGGCUGUCGGUGUGUGCCAAGAAUGGGCUGGACGAAAUCGUUAG